AGAGUAAAAAGUCUGAUUUCAGGAGAAAUCUCCAGAGGAUCCCUGAGCUCUGCAGAGAGUCACCAGUCCUCCUUCAGCCCAGGCUGGUAACAUGUUCAGGAAAUGCCCCGCCUCUCACCUGUUUACCUACAGGAAGUGACUCAAAGUCACCAACAUGUUGUCUCCAGAACCGAAAUGCUGUGUAUUUAUACUCUGCUGCUUGUGCACCACCAUCCCAGAGAAGUGUCCCAUGUUCGGACUGGUCCCAGUUCAGUGUGAGAACCCAACAGUGCAUACAGAGCACCAGUAUGAGUGAAGCUAACUGGUGGAUACAGGCAAAGAUGUCACUAACUGCCUGAACAUGAAACGCAGUGAAAUAAAGCCAGUGUUUCGGCUGAAUUACUGUUUCCGUGUGCAUGCAGAGUGUGUCGCUGUGUGGGAGAAGUGUGUCGCUGUGUGUCACCUGGCACAGCAGCUCCUCACCACUUCCUGCCCCACUUCAUCUCGACUCUGCAGAGGAAGACGCUUCACUUCGCUUCUGUCGCUGCAGAACUUGGAGCGCUCUGAAAAGCUGUACUAACUGGGGAAACUGGUUUAAGAUGGAGCUCAAGACCUGGGUACCUGGCCUGCUGGUCCUCGCCGGGGUGCUGCCCUCAGCAGAGGCGCUGGACAUCAGUGACCCUAAGCUCUGCUACGUCCUGGAUGGCUUCCUCGGUCUGUACGGCCUCAUCAUCACCGGCAUGUUCAUCAAGGAGAAGUUCUUCAAAACCAAAGUAAAGGGAGCAGAGGAACCCACCUACACUGGUCUGAGAGGACAGAGCGCUGAUACCUAUGAACCACUGAUGACCGACCCUGAGAGAGGAGGAAGAAACCGCAGAGUGGUUGAGGACUCCACAUACACGGGCCUGCAGAAACGGACGGAACCAACAUAUAAAGAGCUUCCUAUCAAGAAAGAGCGUCAGAGGAAGAACGAGCAGGUUUAUCAGGGUCUGAGCUCGGCCACCAGAGACACCUACGACUCCCUGAAGAUGCAGCCGCUUCCUGCUCGCUAACGAGGAGCUUCGAGAUGUUUCAGCCAGAGUUGGUUUAUGAAGAUCACUGAGGAUUUUAAACUUCUGACAUCUUUCAGGAACCGGUUUUAUUCUAGCUUUUGACUGAAGAGGUCCAGAUCCUUAUUGUCAGCACAAAUGCUGCAAAUCAAUCUAGAAUCUGAUAAAUUUACUGCCUUUUCCUCCGAGCCAGGAGGUUGAGGUUUUUUAACCGUUUUUUUUUUUUUUUGAAGCACAUGAACAUGACAAAUUAGGUGGUUAACCUGAGUUUAAAAACUUGCUGCAUGUGUCUGAAAUGAUCUUCUUAUGGAAACGCACAUUUGAUGUGCAGAAACUGAGAUGUUUCACUGAGAUAUAUUUGUCUUAUUGUGUCUGUAUAUAUAGGGUCUAUGCAAACCUGCUUCUAAUGUCUUUCUGUGUUAAACGUGGAGAAUCUGAAGUCAGUUUAAAGUUGGAGAAGGAGGAUAAUAUUAAAUACAUCUAAUAAACUCAGGUUGCAAAAAUAAAAUUGGAAUCAAAUGUAAAAAGUUGAGAUCUUGAAGUUUGAUGCAAUGUUUCUUUAAUGCCUGCUGUUGUUUAAUGUUAAGACGAGUGAAGAUGGAGAACAUGAAGGUUAAAACAUGUUAUUUGUAGAGUUUCGUUUAAUUUUACUAUUCAUUUUCUUGUACUUCAGCUAAAGUCCUCUAACUUCUUUUUAUUGACUGUUUUCUUUCAGUGUAUGAUGACAUGAUGUUUUCCUGAGAAUUUGUUAUUAGAAUGUAAUGAAAAUCCUGCUUCGUUAUGACAGUCAUGUCUCUUCUGUUAAAGCUUGAUGAUAAAAUAGUUUUACUCGUUUCUGCCACCUGGUGGACAUACGUGAGAAGCAUCUUUAAAUAAAGGCUUGCAACAAAGUGAA